GGCCAGGGAGGGCUCGGGUUGAACGCGUGUUGCCUUGGAUGGUACGUCACGGGCUGGAGGCAGCGGCGGGACCCUGGUGCACAGGUGCACUGCUGCUCGUUGCGGUGUGCACCCUAGGGAGACAGGGCCACCCCAGCACCCAGGGGUUGCGCUGCUUGCAUUACCGCGUGGCACGCCCUGCGAAGCCCUAGCACAAGGCGCGGAGGGUGGCAGCGGGUGCAUGGUUACAUGCAUCCUUCUUUGGAAGCGGCCCUGGUUAAAUAUAGCAAUCCCCGUGCGGCCGCAAGCCCAGCCCAUCUCUGCCCGGGCGCGCGCCCAGGAGGCGCGCUCCCCCCCCGGGCGAGGGGGGAGGGGAGGACGGCUGAGCGGUGCACGCGCUCCCGGCCGCGGCGGAGGGUAGCGGCGCUGUUGCUGCUUGUGCGACCAGGGGAGGAAGAUGGCGGCCGGCGGCGGAGGCAGCAGCAAGGCCUCCUCGUCGUCGUCCUCCUCGGCGGGGGCCCUGGAGGCGUCGCUGGACAGGAAGUUCCAGUCGGUCACCAACACCAUGGAGUCCAUCCAGGGCCUGUCGUCCUGGUGCCUGGAGAACAAGAGGCACCACAACACUAUCGUGUAUCACUGGAUGAAGUGGCUGAGGAGAUCUGCUUUUCCUCAUCGAUUGAAUCUGUUUUACCUGGCCAAUGAUGUCAUACAGAACUGUAAAAGAAAAAAUGCAAUUGUAUUUCGGGAUACAUUUGCAGAAGUGCUUCCUGAAGCAGCUGCUUUAGUUAAGGAUCCAUCAGUCUCUAAAUCUAUAGAAAGAAUCUUUAAAAUCUGGGAAGACAGAAAUGUAUACCCUGAAGAAACUAUUGUGGCACUAAAAGAAGCUUUAAGUACCACUUUCAAAACUCAGAAGCAGCUGAAAGAAACUCUGAACAAACAACCGAAUAAGCCGUGGAAGAAAUCUCAAACAUCCACAAAUCCAAAAGUUGCUCUAAAGUCGAAGAUUGUUGCCGAAUUCAGACCACAAUCCCUUGUUGAUGAAUUGUUGUUAUAUAAGCGUUCAGAAGACCAGAUAGAACUGAAAGAGAAGCAGCUUUCCACCAUGAGGGUGGAUGUAUGCAGCACUGAAACACUUAAAUGCUUAAAAGACAAAACGGGAGGAAAAAAGUUCUCCAAGGAAUUUGAAGAAGCGAGUUCAAAGUUAGAAGAAUUUGUAAAUGGUUUAGACAAGCAGGUGAAAAAUGGUCCCUCACUAAUUGAAGUGCUUGAGAAUGCUGGUAUCUUUUAUGAAGCACAAUAUAAGGAAGUCAAGGUGGUAGCAAAUGCUUAUAAAACAUUUGCCAAUAGAGUGAGCAAUCUAAAGAAAAAAUUAGAUCAAUUGAAAGCAACUCUUCCUGAUCCAGAAGAGUCUCCUGUCCCUUCUCCAAGUAUGGAUGCUCCAUCUCCAACUGGUUCUGAGUCCCCUUUCCAGGGAAUGGGGGAAGAGGACGACAUCCAGUCUCCAGCAGUGGAAAGCGAGAAGUCUGUAUCUCCUGAACCUGUGGCAGAUAAUCGGGAUGUGGAGGACAUGGAACUGUCUGAUGUGGAAGAUGACGCAUCUAAAAUUAUUGUGGAGGAGAGGAAGGAGAAACAGGUUGUUCCUUCUUCAGCACCUGCAAAGACUGAAACUGUCCCCAAAGCAACAACCUCCACAGUGGUUGCUGCUACACCAGCAGUAACAACUCCUGCUCAGACUCCUCCAGCUCCCAAGACAGUGAGCACAGUGCCUGUCCCUCCAUCGCCGGCACUUGGUCUGCCAAACCUUGCCAACGUUGACCUAGCAAAGAUCAGCUCCAUUCUUAGCAGCUUAACUUCCGUUAUGAAGAAUACAGGGGUCAGUCCUGCAUCAAGACCUUCCCCAGGAACCCCAACGAGCCCCACGACUCUUACUAGUGGCCUGAAGACUCCUAUUGUGGGGACUCCAUCCGGUCCUCCAAAUCCGUUAGCAAAUAUUCUUUCCAAAGUUGAAAUAACUCCUGAAAGCAUUUUGUCAGUUCUCUCCAAAACCCAGACCCAGACUGCACCAGCAUUGCAAAGUUUAUCAUCCUUACUUCAAAGCGUUGCUGGAAAUACAGCCCAAUCAAGUGAAACAGCAUCUCAGAGCACUUCAGCAUCACCAGCCAAUACAACUGUUUCUUGCAUGAAAGGGAGGAAUGUUCCUUCCAAUACUCAGUCUUUUAUGUCUAAAAAUGUUGGUUAUUCUCCAAAUUCUUCUACUGCUGAGGUUUCUUCAACUUCGGUUAACAAGGCUCCUGUUGGACAUAGCCCAGGGCUUUCAAGUUCUAGUUUUAAACCACCAACAAAUUCCCUUGGAUUUGUCAAUACCCAUCCUACCAGUCCUUCCCUUUUACCAACAGAAACCUCACUGAGUCAGUCCUCUGAGAUUUCAAAAACAAAGCUGGAGUCAGAACCGACCUCUCCAAGCCUAGAAAUGAAGAUACACAAUUUUUUAAAGGGAAACCCUGGUUUCAGUGGUCUAAACUUGAAUAUUCCAAUUUUAAGCAGUUUAGGGUCCAACAUCACAUCAGAAAGCCAUUCAUCUGACUUUCAGCGUGGUCCUACUAGCACUUCUAUGGACAAUGUGGAUGGGACGCCAGUCCGUGAUGAACGAAGUGGAACGCCAACCCAAGAUGAGAUGAUGGAUAAACCAACAUCAAGCAAUGUUGACACUAUGUCUUUAUUAUCAAAGAUUAUAAGCCCUGGAUCGUCUACUCCCAGUAGCACAAGGUCCCCUCCUCAGAGCAGAGAUGAUGGAUAUCCCCAAGAACUGUCUAAUUCUGUGCCUGCCUAUAGGUCUUUUGGUCUCGGCAGGGAUUCUCCAGCCAGCAUGUACAAGCAGUCGUCCGAUAAUAUGGAAAUACCUUCUUCUUUAAUGGAUUCCCCUCAGGAGAAGUUUUACCCAGACACAUCUUUUCAAGAAGAUGAAGAUUAUCGUGACUUUGAAUAUUCUGGGCCACCACCAUCUGCCAUCAUGAACCUGGAGAAGAAGCCUUCAAAAUCCAUUUUGAAAGCAAGUAAGCUUGCCGACGCUGCAGAGUACCAGCCAGUUCUCUCUAGUUACAGUCAAAGAGCGCAAGAGUUUAGUGUGAAGUCGUCUUUUCCUCAGUCUAUGAGGUCUAUUCUUGAGAAGAAUGAGAGCUGUGAUCCACUGUCAUCGUCUUCUGGAAUGUAUGGAAGUUACAGCCUACGAGCAAAUGACUCUGGAUCCGAUGGUUCCCCUUCACCCAGUAAGAACGAUGUGUUUUUCACACCAGACUCCAAUCAUAAUAAUUUAUCAAAAUCUGUGAUACAUUCUGGCUUGUCACAGAAACAGUAUCCAGACUCUCCCCAUUCACUUCCUCACAGAUCACUUUUCUCUCCUCAAAACACUCUUUCAAAUCCUGCUGGUAGACCACCCACAUCCAGUGUGGAGAAAUCUUUAGGUUCUUCCAUUUCUGCCACUUCAACAAUUGAGUUUAAGAACAUGCUUAAAAAUGCAUCUCGCAAGCCUUCUGAGGAAAAGCAUUUUAGCCAGGUUCCUAAAGGGAGCUCACAUGAAGGGGUUAGCCUAUCUAGUCUCAGCCAAGCUGGAACUUCUACCGGAGAGCAGCAGCAGCAAGAGGAGCACUAUCGUAUAGAAACUAGGGUGUCGUCGUCUUGUUUAGACUUGCCUGAUAGCACUGAAGAGAAAGGAGCCCCUAUCGAAACUCUGGGUUACCAUAAUGCAUCCAAUAGGGGAAUGUCAGGAGAACCAAUUCAGACAGUAGAAUCUAUAAGAGUUCUUGGGAAAGGAAAUAGAGGACACGGGCGAGAGGCAUCUAGAGUAGGCUGGUUUGAGCUAAGUAAUACAGGUAGUGCUUUUGAUAAUGGGCCCUCAAGUGCUACUGAGCUGCCCACCAUGGGUACUGGCAGUGGAAUUGCCAGCUUUCAAACACAGUACAAAGAACACGUGCCACAAUUUCAGGAGAGUGUAAACAAUUUCAGAACAAAUAAUUUCAGCACUGCCUUUGAGCGUCACAUACCACCUCCUCCCAUAGAGCAUGGAACUCCUUUUCAGAGAGAACAAGUUGGUGCACCUGCUGGGCCCCCAUCUGCUCCGCCCAAGGAUCAUGGAAGCCUGUUUCCUAGGGAUCACUCAGUUCCUCCACACAUGUCAUCAGUGGAUCACACUAAUCCUUUUUCAAAAGAAAAAUCCUCUCCACUGUCAUUGCCUCAUACUGCCCCUCCUCCUCCUUCUGUGGAACAUAGCGGGCUUCCAUUUCCUACUCCUCCCCCUCCCCCUCACUCUGUGGAACAUGGUGGCGUUCCAUUCCCUACCCCGCCGCCACCUUCUGGGGAACACGGGGGCAUUCCAUUUCCUGCCCCUCCCCUGACCGUGGAACAUGGUGGUGUCACGUUUUCCAAGGAUCACGGUACUAUUCAUCAAGGAACUAUAAAAGAGCAUUUUAAUGUGCAUUCAGGACCAAGGGACCAUGUGGCCCCACCUCAGCGAGACCACAGUGGUCCACCCCUUGGUCGGGUUCGAGAAAACAUAGGCCUAACUUCCCUUUCGAGAGAUCAGCAUGGGCCCUCCCAUAGCGUUCCUCAUAUUGGCCCAUCUCAUAGAGACAAUGUAAACCGGAGUGGAAUGAUGAUUAGGAACCCACGACCAGACUUUAGGCCUAGGGAACCUUUCAUAAACAGAGACCCAUUUCCCAGCUUAAAAAGGCCUCGGCCACCUCUUGUAAGGGGCCCUCCAUUCUUUGCACCAAAACGCCCGUUCUUUCCUCCCAGGUACUGAAACAGACAUGCGUCUCUGUAAGUGAAGGUAUUUUGGAUAUUCUAGAGAGCAGUGGAAGUAGCGCUUUCACUUUUGUUUUUCCUUAAAGAGCCCCAUAACAUUUUUCUAAAUUAAAUAUGUUCUGGUACUUUUUUUGGUUGUUUAUUUUUUUAAGCCAACCAGUUGGCGUAAAUCUAGCAAAAUGUUUUAACAAAAAAUAAGACUUUUCCGAAGAGUAUUGCCGUUGAAAUAAAACUUCUAGUCAUAAAAAAUGAUUGAAUGUGCGAUGUUGGGAUGUUAUUUUUAGCUGAUUACCAAAUUGUUUUGCUUCAUGAGUCCUCCGAACCCAUGUCAAAAAAUAGAGGUGGGGGAAGGAACUCUGUUGCUACUAUUGAUUAAGGAAGAUAAAGGGUCCAAGCUUUCAAAGCCUUCCCUGUGGCAAUAGAAAUAUUAACCCUUCCUUGUGCCUUUUGUUUAGGUUAAUCAGUCACUUUUUUCACUGAUGUCUGCUCAGUCGGUCCCUUGCUGUGAAGCCUUGGAACAUCUUGCUGCUUGCUGUUUUCCAUCUUGCUGAUAGGAAUAGGGAGAGGGUAGGCAACUAACAUGGUCAGUUUUUCAGCCCUUCUGUUUGCUUUUUCUGCCUUUCUCAAAAUGCAAAAGGAAAAAACCUGCUUUUCACAGUUGACAACUUUGCCACUGAGGGUCUUGAACUUUUCUCCUAAGUUGGGUUUCAGAAAACAAUCUCUAAAGUAUGUGCACUUCCUAUCUCCAACUUGGCUUCCUUCCUCAACAUGAUAAGAGGGUUAUAUUUUGUUGAAUAUAAAUCAAGUAAUGCAUUUAAAAUAAGUGAAUGCAGGGAGGUAGCUAGUGGUAAAACUCAAAUCUGUGCUUACACACACAUUUAAUAUAUACAGUGUAUAUUUGAAACAUGUGCCUGCAUACACAUGUACAAGCUGCAUCAUUUUUUUCUUUCUUGUCUUAUAUCACAGAGCUAGGCCAGGUCUAGUAAACUGUAUUUACUUUUUUGCUGGGAGCAUUGUUGACAUACAUGUAUUCUUCACUUUUUGUAAUCACACCUUUCCUUGUGCUUUGUUUGAAGCACAUAGUCCCAUGUAAGAUGAGAGAGAAACUGCAUGCAGCAAUGUGAAAACAAUAGCUAAACUCUCUUCCCACGUUUUCAUAAACUCACUUCUGCUGCCAUGUGCAUAGAGGACUUUGUGUGGAGUUUGAAUUACUUUAUUUGAUUUUUUUUUUUAAAGUGAGUAGAAUACAACAUACUAGUGUCUGAUAAAGGUAUGGGAAAAUAUCUAUAAAAAUAACUACAGAAUGAGAAAAUGGCAGAGCAUUUGUUUGUGCUUGGGCUGUGUGUUUUAUUUAAUAUAUAUAAUAUGUAUAAUUAUAUUUCCAUACUCAAGUAAGUGAAUCGGAAGGUUGCAUGGGUGUAUUUUAUUGAAUUGCCCUGGGUUUACAGAAAGAAUGAUGUUAUAGUGCCAGUGCAUAAAAACCACCUCUCUUUUCUAAUCUUAGGACAAAAACGUGCGUUCCACUUCAUUUUGCAGCCAGCAGCAGAUGUUGCUGCUGCUGGUCUAUAGGGGGGCUGUAUUUAGGCAGCAUCAUGGAAUGGUGCACCUUGUUGUGUGGACUGUUUCAGUUAAACAGAAUUCCUGAAAAAGUAACUGCAUGUGUAAUUCAUGCAAACAUUGAGUGUUUAAACUUUUGGGUUAAAUUUAAACAGUAUUUAUUCCUUUUCUGUUCCUUCUGAGUUCUGUUCUCUUUGGCCACCGCAGCUCCUUUCAGUGAACCUCCAAUAUGAUUAUUGAAUGGAUAACACACCAAAGUCCUACUGUGAGGGUAGCUUGUGUAAGUUAAGCAAAAUGUUCAGAAGGU